AUGCCUUCCAUUCUCGCGCCAUCCAUGGCCAUCGCACGAACCCGAUUGCUUCCCAUCGUCGCCAUCGCCGUCGCCCUCGUCGCAACUGUCAUUGCUACCGUCGCACACCCCUCUGACGAAGCCGAGCCGUUCGACGCGCCUCUGCCGGGAAGGGCGGCGCUGGAAAAGGCGGCGGGCGCGCAGAUCAGCGGAGUGCUUCCCGUUUUCGGCGGAGGAAGUUGGCUUCCGCGCCCGCGCGGUGGCGGAAAGGGCGGAAACGGUGGAAAUGAUGGAAACGGCGGGAAAGGCGGCGCUGGCGGGCGCAUGCGGGCGACGUGGGGGGUGCCUCUGCGCCUGCGCUCCGCAUGGGGGAGCGCAAAGUUCCGCGCGAAGGCGCGGGACGCGCUGGGGCGGCUGACGGGCGCGCGCGGGGUGGCGGUGACGGCGCAGGGGCGCGCGGAGAGACUGAUGGCGGCGUGGGCGGGGCGGCCGGGGAGGGAGGGAUGGCGCAAGGGCAAGGACGUGUGGACGCAAGUGGCGCGCGACUGCGUCUCUCAGCUGGCACUCGCCAAGGCCAGCAUGGAUGAAGCAGCGGUGAUUAUUAACACGGGGGAGGGUGACGUGGCAGAUGCGCGCGUCAGCCUAUCGAGUGCUGCCACGUUGGCAGGCGACUGUCUGGACUCGUUCCGCACCUUCGCUGCUGAUGGCGCUACCAGCGAGCCCGCCAGGGCCGUGCAGGUGGGCUUUGGGGGGCCGUGCAGGUGGGCUUUGGGGGGCCGUGCAGGUGGGCGGGCAGGGUCGCACGAGGGGGGUUGUGGGGGGCUCUGA